AUGGAGCGCCUGCGGGUGGGGCUCGGGGCGCCGCCGAGCGCGAGGAGGGCGCGCCAGGACGGGAGUUUCGCGCUGCUGCCCCGGCAGACCGAGGACGAGCUCCUCCUGUCAGAGGACGGGAGUUUCGCGCUGCUGCCCCGGCAGACCGAGGACGAGCUCCUCCUGUCAGAGGUGCACUCGAAGCUGGACGGGGCCCUCCAGUUCCUUCGCUCCGUCCUCGGCGACCUGCUCCUGGACGACGCGCGUCCGGCGCCUGGGGGCGGCGUGUGCCUCGGCCGCGGCGGCGCGGCCCCCUCGCGCAGCCCGGAGAGCGCUUGCCGAGGACAGAGCCCACGCUCGCGGAGGAGGAGGUGA